AUGGACAAUCGGAGGAAGCGCAUUUUGUGGAAAUGCGCGUUAACGAAUACGAUUCAAGAAGUGCUCAACGCAAGGCCUGGUUGGGCGCCAACUAGGUGAGAGGGGGGUUUGGAGAAGUUUUUUUUUAUUUUAUUUUAGUCAUUAUCCCCUGAUUUUAGUGGAGAGGACUGGCAAUUCUACUGGGUGAAUCGAGAAUGGAUGGUGCAGACAUUCGACCGCCACAAGUUCAAAGAAGGCCAAAAAAUUUGUCAUUUCCGCAACGACUUUGAGCUGACCAGGAAAGAUUCUUUGAUAAAAAAUCACAAGAAAACGAAGAAAUUGGCCAAAAACGGCGAGAAAAUGGACUACCUACCGGCUAGCUAUGUCUUACCGGUAAGUUUAGGGGGUUGUUGCGGAAUGCCAAAAAUUCAAAUUUUCGUUGUGGAGCCCGAAAUUUUGGUGAUUUUGGAGGAAUUUGAGCUUAUUAGACUGAAACACAAUAGUCAAAUUUAUUUAUAAGUGUAAUAGCUUACUGUGAUAAGUGAUUUUUAUUUGGAGGUUUUUUUAAAAACAUACAAAAUUUAUAGAUUUUCCCAUAAGUCUUUCGCCGUCCAUAACUUGACUGUCUUAUUUUAGCUGGAAUAUCAUAUAUUCGUAGAGGAGUUCAAGAAGUACCCACCAGAUACAAUUUGGAUCAUGAAACCGGUUUCCGGAGCUCAAGGAAGAGGGAUCUUCCUUUUCAAGAAGCUCAAAGAAAUCCAAGAGUGGAAAAAGGUACAGUUACCUAGGCUACCGUAAUCCCAUAAAUUUAUUUUUGUUUUGAAAACAUCCUGCAAGUCUUUGGCUUGAAUUUUAUGCUUGAAAUCCCCUGAAUUCUUGAGUUAGAACAUCAGUUUUUGCCGAUAUUAUAUUCAUGACCAUCGGCUUUCAGAAGGGCAGCAAAAGUGAUGCCGAUACUCAGCCAUAUGUCGUUCAAAGUUACAUCCAUCGACCGUAUUUGAUUGGCGGGAAGAAAUUUGAUGUUAGAUUGUAUGUUUUGACCACAUCUUUUCGACCGUUGAACGCCUGGGUUCAUCGAGAAGGAUUUUCGAGGUUUUCGCAUUCAAGAUACAGUCUGGAAAGCGUGGAGGAUGCUUGUAAGUGACAAGUUUGAUAUUGAAGAUUAAGAAUAUAGAGUUUACAGUAGUUUGAAAGGAAAAGGAUAAAAAAUAAUCAUUAAAAUGGACGCUUUUGAUCGAUUUUUAGAGGAAAAUCAGCAUUUUUUACAUUAAAAAUAGUAUUUCAAAUUUUUAAAAUACGUCGACGGUACUGUGGUACAUUUUUAGCACAAAAACAUAACCUUUUAUCCAAAAAUUGAGAUGAAAUUAUAUUACUUUAGAUGUUCAUCUCACCAAUGUUGCAAUUUCCAAAUCCGCCUCGGAUUAUGAUCCAGAAAAGGGCCUAAAAUGGUCUCUAGACAAGUUAUUUCGAUACAUGGAGGCUCGGCAUGGCAUGGAAGUGGUCGAUAAAUUGAUCGAAAAUAUUGGGAAUAUCAUCGUGAUGAGUUUAAAGUCAGUUCAAGGGAUUAUAAUUCAGGUGAGAGGGGUAAACUGCGGAGGUAAAUGGUUUUUUGGGCUCGAAAUUGUAUACGGUUGGUGAAUUUUUUCAGGAUUCGCAUUGCUUUGAACUCUAUGGAUACGAUAUUUUGAUUGAUGAGGACCUAAAGCCAUGGCUGUUGGAAGUUAACGCAUCCCCGUCGCUCACCCCAAGCAGUCAGGAAGAUUUUGAACUCAAAUUUAGAGUCUUGAAUCAUCUGUUAGACGUGCUGGAUAUGGAAAAAGUGUAAGGAUUUUCUCGUUGCGGCAGAACUCUACCCCUUUUCUGAACUCUCCCCCUUUUUGAACUUUCCCCCUUCAGAACUCUCCCCCUCAUUUUGAAUAUUGAAAAAAUGAGGUGUGACAUCUUAUACGAUGCUAAUUUUUUUCAAAUUGAAAAAAAGAAGAUGUGACAUCUUAUACGAUGAAAAAUUUUUUCAAAUUGAGAAAAUGAGGUGUGACAUCUUAUACGAUGAAAAAUUUUUUCAAAUUGAAAAGAAUAAGGUGUGACAUCUUAUACGAUGAAAAGUGUUCAAAAGGGGGGAGAGUUCAGAUUUUUUGGCAAAAAUCAAAAAAUCCCUUUUUUGGGGUAGAGUUGAAAAAGGGGUAGAGUUCAGAUUGGGGGAAAGUUCAGAAAAGGGGGAGAGUUCAGGCUCAACCGGAUUUUCUUAAUGACCAUGGGUUCAUUAAAAUAUUGUUGGUUGUAAAAUACGUUUUUUUUAUAUUUUUUAGUCGAACCGAAGCGGAGCCCUCAAUUGGCGGAUUCGACUGCCUAAUUCGAAACAACGAGCUGGUCUAUCGCCCCAAAUCCGAAGCCUUGGAGAAGAUUUGUCCUCAAUUCGUCACCCCGUCCCUCAACAUUCGCUUAGGUGGGGAAAAAUAAGGUUUAUUAUUUCUGUUUUUGUACAGGGUCUUUCAAGAAACAUGAAGGAAAGUAGGAGGCUAUAACCUACGGCAGAGGCGGCGCAGAAAGUUCGUUUUUGGAAUAUGUAUUUUUAAGCGACUUUAUUUUUUGCCUACAAGAUAACAAGAUUUUUAAGCCCAAACUGAGGUGGCUACAACCUUUUGAAAAAGGGCUCUUUUACCCCGAAAACCAGGGCAAAAAAUGUCGCUUAAAAAUACAUAUUCCAAAAAUGAACUCUCUCCGCCGCCUCCGCUGAAAGUUAUAGCCUCCGACUUUCCUUCACGUUUCUUGAAAGACCCUGUAUAUUUUAGGCAGUUAUGUGGCUCCAAUGUCGGUUCCCCCUAUGUGA